AUGCAGUCUCUGGAACUCACUCUUAUAGUCGCUGCGACACGCAACAUGGGCAUUGGCGCCCACGGGACAAUGCCCUGGCAAGGUCUUCGCAAAGAGAUGAAAUAUUUUGCGCGUGUGACUACGAGACUGCCACCACAGACCUCUUCACCAUCUCUCAACGCCGUCAUCAUGGGCCGCAAAACCUGGGACUCAAUCCCCAACAAAUUCCGCCCUCUCAAAGACCGUCUCAACAUCGUGAUAAGCCGCUCCGCGCCCUCAACGCUCCCCGAAACCGUCGAGCCCUCUGAGCCCGUCAGGGUGCGGUCCCUUGAGCUUGCCCUGCAGUAUGCCCGCACCCGCAACGACAUCAGCCGCGUCUUCGUCAUCGGCGGCGCCCAGAUCUAUGACGCUGCCCUCAAGCUGCCCGAGGCGCGACGCAUUCUGCUCACGAGCAUUGAGCGGGACUUUGACUGCGAUACUUUCUUUCCCGUGGACUUGAAGGGUGGCGUGUGGAGGAGGAGGUCUAGAGAGGAGCUGCAGCAGUGGACGGGUGAGGAGGUUGAGGAGGGUGGCCAAGAGGAGGCCGGGACGAAGUACGAGUUUCAGAUGUGGGAGAAGGUUGAAUAG